AUGAGAACUGCAAAUUCAAAUUAAGGGUAAUCAUCUCUCCCUGAUGCAAAUGAAAUUAAUGAGUACAUCAAGGAGUAUUUGAGAUACUCUAGCUAUUCCAAUACUUUAGAAUGUUUUGAAGCAGAAAUAAAGAGUAAAUAGGUUUCCAAUAAAAUGCUAAAUAAAUAGUAGGUCAUCAAAUAAACAGGGGAUGAUGUGCCUCGCAUAUUUUAAAUGCUUAAAAGUGAUAAUGUAAAAUCGAAAAGGGAAAUCAACAUGGAAAAAGAAUCAAAGCAAUUUAAUAAAAAAUACCAAUAAAUUCUUUAGGCGGGCAGAUAAAUAUUUUCUGUAAGCAUAAAUUUGUUACAAUUGUUGCAUUCAUUAAAAGAGACUGCUAAAAAUGAAAAUCUAAGCGAAACCUUAGAAAACUACAAAAUAUAAUUAGGAAAAUACCAUAAGGUUAUUAUAAAUGAAGGAAAGCCAGAAGGCACUGAAUUGAUUACUGAAUAAGUGAUGCAUGAACACAAAACUAAACUAUUCAAAAACUACCAGGAUAAACACGUAGAUGGUAUGAUCGAAGUUUUGCUAUCUCUAAGAGUGAAUGCAUUAUAAAUUGCACCAGAAUUAAGAAAAAACUUAGUCUAUGAAUUGAUAAGAAAUGAUGUAUUUAACAUAGAAGCUACUGAAAAAUUCGAUUUCGUUGUUCAUUUGUUGGAUAUCAAUAAUCAAAGUCUUCGACAUGCAAUCACUAGUUUAAUUAGUGUAAUCAGUAGUACAUUGAGAGGGGUCGAAUAUCUAACGUAUAAUGGGAAUAUGAUAAUCAUUGAAAAGAUCAUAAAAAUCUUGAAAGAACAGGAAAGCGGUUCAGUAACCUAGAGAUUCUGCCUAGCUAUUUUAUAAAAGGCAAGUAUCAAAGACACUGUCAUCCCAACCUAUGUUCAUAAUGAGAUGAUUUAGUGGAUUAUUAAUCUCAUUCAAAAGUCAGUUAAUUCUAAAAUUCAUGUAUUUUGUCUUGAUUUUGCCUCUGCUACUUUGGCCAAUAUUAUUCAUACUCCAUAUACAUUGCAAUAUCUGUAAAAUUAAGCUCGGUUUGCUUAUUAAGUAAUGGAGUAACUGCUAAAGUUUACGAAGGAUCAAAUAUAAGUUUCAGUACUUAUGCAUGUAUUGAUUUGUUUGUCGUAUUUAAGCAAGGAAAACUUUGCUAAAUAGAUGGAGGAAUGCAGAUUUGUGGAUAGAAUCAGCGAAUUUGUAGAAUAUUAUAGUGUCAUUAAUACUGAAAAUGAGGCAGCAGAAAUUGAUAAAAAAACAGUUUUAGAUUUGUGCGCUCAUAUGUUCCAUCCAAAGGAUACUUCUUUAGACAAUUCUGAGACCUUGGAGUUAAAUGAACUAAAAACUGAAGAUCGAAUCAGAGAGUACGAGAAUGAAUAAGGGGAAUUGAUCUUUGAAUGUUUUCAAGAUGAAGUUAGUUGAAUAUUUAUGUUUUUAUAUGUUUAUUUAAAUUGGAUUAU